CAAAUCCCCUGACCCGGAAGUGGAUGAUGACAGCUAAUUUUUCUAUUCCUCAAGUUUAGUCAUUAUCUCUUGUUUUCUUAUUCAAAAGCUGUACCUAAUGAUGGAACACUGAAGUCAUGUAUAGUUUAUAUAUCAGUUAGGAAAAGUCAGUUUUACGAAAGCUAGUUGUUGAACAGUAUUUUGACGUUUUGUUUAUGUGUUCGGGAACGAGCUCGCGCUUUGUUUUGCUGUGUGCUAGGUAAAUCUGUAGGGUUUAGCGCGUGAGCUAACAGUUUAACACAUGAGCGUAUCACUUGUAGUGAUCCGUCUGGAGCUCGCGGACCAGUCGCUCAUGCCACAAGGCUUUCAGUACUGUGCUGAUGAGGAGAUGUCUGAAGAGGAGAUGCGAGACAAGGCCCUGGCUUCUGCCAGGGUGACAUUAGGGGGCAAGACGGAGCUCGAGAAGGCCGCCAUCCUCCAUCAGCACAUCGGCAGCCGGGCCAUGGCAGACAUGGUGAUUGAGACUCUGGUGGCGAGCUCAGAGGAGAAAGAGGGCACGCAGUCAACAGAGGAAAGUGGCAGCAGUAAAACGGAGGACAUCGAUGCCACCAAUGUCGCUGAAUCGCCCUCCAAACAGCUUCCAGAUCAGAUCUCUUUCUUCAGUGGCAACCCAUCUGUGGAGAUUAUCCAUGGCAUCAUGCACCUCUACAAGACAAACAAGAUGACGUCGUUGACAGAAGACGUGAGGCGCAGCGCCAUGCUUUGCGUGCUCAGUGUACCCACAACAAUGACCAGCCAUGACCUCAUGAAGUUUGUGGCACCCUUUAAUGACGUCAUGGAGCACAUGAAGAUUAUCCGUGACUCUACGCCCAACCAGUACAUGGUGCUGAUUAAGUUUGCCGCCCAGGCUGAUGCUGACAGCUUCUAUACAACCUGCAAUGGCCGGCAGUUCAACUCCAUCGAGGACGCUGUGUGCCAGCUGGUCUAUGUAGAGAGGGCCGAGGUGAUCAAGUCUGAAGAGGGGGCCAGUUUACCGGUGAUGGACCUGACCGAGCUGCCCAAGUGCACGGUGUGUCUGGAGCGCAUGGACGAGUCGGUGAACGGUGUACUCACCACCCUGUGUAACCACAGCUUCCACAGCCAAUGCCUGCAGCGCUGGGAGGAUGCCUCGUGCCCCGUGUGCAGGUACUGUCAGACCCCAGAGCCUGUGGAGGAGAAUAAGUGCUUUGAGUGCGGCGUGCAAGAGAACUUGUGGAUCUGCCUGAUUUGCGGCCACAUCGGGUGCGGCCGCUAUGUUAGUCGCCAUGCCUACAAGCACUUUGAGGAAACGCAGCACACCUACGCCAUGCAGCUGACCAACCAGAGAGUCUGGGAUUACGCAGGAGAUAACUACGUGCAUCGGCUGGUGGCCAGCAAGACAGACGGCAAAAUGGUGCAGUACGAGUGCGAGGGUGACUCCUGUCAGGAUGAGAAGAUCGACGCACUACAGCUUGAAUAUUCUUAUUUGCUGACCAGCCAACUGGAAUCACAACGCAUCUACUGGGAAAAUAAAAUUGUUCAUCUAGAAAAAGAAACAGCAGAAGAGAUCAACAACAUGAAAGCCAAAUUUAAGGAGACAAUUGAGAAGUGCGACAACUUGGAGCUCAAGCUGAACGAAUUAACCAAAGAGAAACAGACCAUGGAGAAAAAAUGCUCACAGUUGAACAACAAGGUGGCCAAGCUGGGCCAGGAGCUGCGGGAGGAGCAGGAGAUGAACCGAUGUCUACGAGCCAAUCAGCAGCAGCUCCAGGCGAAGCUGCAAGAAGAGGAGGGUCGGGGUAAGGAGGCCACCGCUAACAAGGAUGCCCAGAUUGCCGAGCUCCAGGAGCAGCUGCGUGACGUCAUGUUCUAUCUGGAGACGCAGCAGCAGAUCAGCCGCAUGCCUGCCGAGACACGCCAGGAGAUCCAGGAGGGCCAGAUCAACAUCGCCUCAGCCCCCGCAGCAUCCACGCCAGGACCCUCCACACACAGCUCAGGCAAGACUAGUUCAAGGAAAGGGCGGGCCAAGAGAGGGAAGUAGCCAGUCAGUGGAGUGGGCUGGGGUAAAUGACACAAUAAUGCGAGGCUUAUAAGAAGUGCCACCCUGAGACUACAGACUAAAGCAGCAGCCUGUACAACAUUUAGUCAGUCCACUCACUAGUCCGUAGCACCUCUUGAUAUAAGGUGAGAGGUUGGAGAAGAUGCACUAUAUUAAAGAUAUUGUACAUAUUACACUAUAGGGUGACUUUAGAACAUCUUUAUCUGGUGAGCUCGUGUCUCCGGUGAGGAUUCGCAACACUCUGAGCUGGCAAAUUCAAGUCCAAGUACAAGAACUUUGCACAGCAAUGUGAGCUGCAUAAUUAUGGGAGUAUUACCUAUCCUUGUUUGAUUGUGCACUUCUUAAUAUUUGUUUGUGCCUAGAAAAGACCUAUUUUGUAUUUCUCUAAAUCCGAAAAAGAAAGUAUUAUUAAAUGUAAUCCACUGCGAUCUGACGUGCUGGAAAAAUAUUACACAUAACCUUAUGACUGUUAAAGAUUUAAUGCAAAGUGACACUUCUUUUUGUGAACAUACCUGACACCAAAAAUGACCAGUCAUUAUGCCAUACAACUGCAGUACAGCUCUACCCAGAAACCUACACUGCAAUCUUAACACUUUUAUUAUAAUAAGCCCUGGGAAUGUAGCUGCAUCCAUUAAAGAGACCAUACUGGACUAAAAUGUACUGUUACCAGCUACUAUUGCUAUACUUUUGUUUGUUUGUUUGUUAAUGACGCAUUAUUUAUAAGGACACGCAUAGACUACUCCCAAAUAUGGAGUUACCCAUAGACUUCACCUAGAGAAUAUAUAUUAUAUAUAUAAUUCUAGAGAAUUAUAUCACUGGCUAUAAUUAGUCAUGCCACUUUUCUCCUCUUAAAAGGCUAAAAGGAUUUUGGCCAAUUUUAGCCAAUAGUGGCAAAUAAUCCACUAAUCAUGAGCCAAAAAGUCUUGGAAAAUAUGCUCUCUGCAUAAAACCUUCAUGCAUUGUUUCUUUACUUAUUAGUUAUCGGUAAGUUAAGAUUCUGUACAAACCUUUUUUUCAACCUAGUCGUUUCACACUGCCUUUUCUCUGACACCAUGUAAUUUAAUGCAUAAUGUGUUUUAUUUCUUUGCUUUUUUUUUCUUAUCAUUUUCAUAAUCGGUCUAAGAUUCAUGGAACUGGCACGACUUAUUUAAAUUCCUCCAUCAGAGGGGAACUGAGCAUACAGGUGCAUGGACACACAAAACCUAAACAAUGGUACAUCCCUUUUAAUGCAUGGAAUUUAGGAUAAGAUCUGAUCUUAAUAAUGUUUUAUAAAUGAGUGUCCUGGUUUAUAACACAUACUCCACAGGGAACAUUUAACACUCAAGAAGCCUUUGUGUGCAUCAUUGGAGGAAAUGAGAAAUCCCCAAGCAUAGAUAUAUAUGAAACCUGUCUAUGGAGCAGAUAGGAGCAGGAUCACAGCAGUGCACUUGCAGUUUAUGUCUACAGAUAUUUAGUUCAACAUCCAGCGUUCAGACAAACCUACACACUUCAGCCCUGGUACAUGAUGUAAGCAGUGUUGCUGCUUUAUGUCCUUUGCUUAUGUUCAGAAUUAGUUACAUGUUAAUUAACUAUAAAAAUGCAGUUUAUCAUUAAUCAUAAGUCAUAUUUGGUCAUGUUUAUAUUUCAGAGCCAGAACCUGUUUAAUUACACUUUGCAUAUUAAACAAUAAAAAAAUACUUAAUUCA